AUGGCUGCCAAUAAGGAUCGUCUGUUUGUCCCCAGUGCCCUGGGACCUGGGGCUGGUUUCCCUGGGACGACAAGCUUCCCCUUCGCCUUCUCUGGGGGACUUCGGGGAUCCCCCCCUUUUGAGAUGCUGAGUCCUGGCUUCCGGGGCCUGGGCCAGCCUGACCUUCCCAAGGAGAUGGCCUCUUUGUAUGGUUCAGACACAGACAAGCCAGGAUGGAGGGUGGGCGAGGAGGUGUGCAAAGAGCCCAUUGGCUAUGGGUCCAGUGGGUUUGCUGUGGCCAGUCUUUGUCAGGGGCUGUCGGGUACUUGCUCAGCCCCCCUGGGGUUUAAAUGGAACUUCACAGCCCUUAACGAGGCGGAGGACAGGCGCUGCGCCCAGCGCCAGGACCUGCUGGCUCGGGGCUGUCCCCCCGAGGAGCUGGAGGAGCCCCGAGGGCAGCAAGAGGUGCUGCAGGACGAGCCCCUCGGCCACCAGGGCGCCACGCAGUUGGCCCCGCAGAAUGUUCGGCUCCAGCUGCGGCUGGGCGAGACCCAGCGGCUCCGAGUCCGCUUCCGCCGAGCCGAGGGCUACCCGGUGGACCUGUACUACCUCAUGGACCUAAGCUACUCCAUGAAGGAUGACCUGGAGCGAGUGCGCCAGCUGGGCCAUUCGCUGCUGAACCAGCUGCGGCGCGUCACCAGCUCUGUGCGCAUUGGCUUUGGUUCCUUUGUGGACAAGACGGUGCUGCCCUUUGUGAGCACGGUGCCCUCCAAGCUUCAACACCCGUGCCCCUCGAAAUUCGGGAAAUGCCAGCCACCCUUUAGUUUCAGACAUGUGCUGCCCCUCACUGAUAAUGCCUCAGCCUUUAAGCAUAAGGUUGAGCAACAGAGUAUAUCCGGCAACCUAGACUCCCCUGAAGGGGGUUUUGAUGCCAUCUUGCAGGCUGCUCUCUGCCAGGAGCAGAUCGGCUGGAGAAACGUGUCCCGGCUGCUGGUGUUUACAUCAGAUGACACAUUCCACACAGCAGGGGAUGGGAAGUUGGGUGGCAUCUUCAUGCCCAGUGAUGGACGCUGCCACCUAGAUGCUGAUGGCUUCUAUAGUCGAAGCCGAGACUUUGACUACCCUUCGGUGGGUCAAGUAGCCCAUGCUCUAUCUGCUGCCAACAUUCAACCCAUCUUUGCUGUCACUAGUCCUACACUGCCAAUCUACCAGGAGCUGAGUAAGCUGAUCCCAAAGUCUGCUGUGGGAGAAUUGAAGGAAGAUUCUAGUAAUGUGGUGCAGCUCAUCAUGGAAGCAUACAAUAGCCUGUCCUCCUCCGUGACGCUGGAGCACUCACAACUUCCUCCUGGGAUCCACAUCUCCUACGAGUCUCAGUGUAAAGAUACUGAGAUCCGGAAAGAUACAGGGACUCAGGGCCAGUGCAAUCAAGUCAGGAUUAACCAAACGGUGAAUUUCUGGGUAAACAUCCGGGCUACCGUAUGUCUCCCUGGUCCCCAUCUCCUGAAGCUCAAGGUUCUUGGAUUUUCUGAGGAGCUGAGCCUGGAGCUGAAUACCUUGUGUGACUGUAACUGCGGGGAUGUACAGUUACAAGCCCCUCACUGCAAUGGUGGCCACGGUGACCUAGAGUGUGGAGCCUGCAAUUGUGCUCCGGGUCGUGUCGGACCACGCUGUGAAUGUUCGGAGGCAGAGUUGUCAUCACUGAAUUCUGGAUGCCGGCCGUCCAAUGGGACGGGUCCUUUGUGCAGUGGGAAGGGUCAGUGCCACUGUGGACGGUGCAGCUGCAGUGGGCAGAGCUCGGGAGAUUUCUGCGAGUGUGAUAAUGCUGGCUGUGAGCGGCACGAAGGCAUCCUCUGUGCAGGCUUCGGCCAGUGCGUCUGUGGAGUCUGUCACUGUGAUGCCAACCACACUGGCCCAGCCUGUGAAUGCAGCAAGGACACGAGCAAGUGUAUGAGCCAGAAUGGGCUCUGUAAUGGCCACGGUUCUUGCCACUGUAACCAGUGCCAGUGCCUGGAGGGUUACUAUGGGACCCAGUGUGAUCAGUGCCCAGGCUGCAAGACCCCAUGUGAGAAGCACAGGGACUGUGCUGAAUGUGGGGCCUUCAAGACAGGGCCACUGGCCAGUAACUGCAGCCUGGCUUGUGCCCAUGCCAAUGUAACAAUGAGCCCGAUGCCCCUGCUGGACGAUGGGUGGUGUAAGGAGAGGACUGUGGACAACCAGCUGCUCUUCUUUUUGGUGGAGAAUGAGGCUGAGGGCAGGGUUGUGCUGUGGGUGAGACCUCGAGAAAAAGGAGCAGAUCACACCCAGGCCAUCGUGCUGGGUUGUAUAGGGGGUAUUGUGGCAGUUGGGUUGGGGCUCAUCCUGGCCUAUCGACUCAUGGUGGAAAUCUAUGAUCGGAGGGAGUUCCAACGCUUUGAAAAGGAAAGGAGGCAACUCAACUGGAACCAGGACGACAACCCUCUCUACAAGAGUGCCGUCACCACCACCAUCAAUCCUCAGUAUCAAUCCCAGAAUGAGGGGAGCCCUCAGUAAGCAGCUGACCACAGGAAAAUAUCCCACCCUCUCACACAGCAGCCACAGAGCCCUUCUCCGUGGACCCCAGGCUUCUCAAGCCUUACUUUGCAUCCUUGUUUCCCUUAGAGCAGUAGUUAAGAGGGGAACCCUGGUCAGAGCUCUCUACUCCUCAACCUCGUCAGAGGGCAAUUUCCUAUCCAACAAUUUGAUUAUUGUCUCCCCCCCCCCCCAAUGACUUAAUUGCUACAGGAAAACUCUCUCUUGCUCCACAAGAGCCAGAACUCUUCCUGACUAUAAUAAAAAGCCUCACCCAGGGCCAGACCUCCUGUAUUGAGUAACACCACCAGAGGGGUAGCCCAACUUGACACCAUGCUUUCCUUUUGCUGAGUUUUGGAAAGUGAAGACUUUCAGUAUCUAGCCGAUUGUUUGCAGGAGCGAUGGCAAGAACCUUUGAGUGCUUCCUUAGAGAUCUUGGGUCUACCAUCUGUAACCUGUCCCUGACUUUCCCCCUUGUUAGCAAAGAGCAGGUUCAUGAUGAUGUUGCCUUUAGAUUCCCAGGUGGAGGAGGAAUGAUAGAGUGGGAAACAAAUGGAAAAGUGGGGACUCCAAAUUUUCUUCCUUUCCCAAUUUGUGAUGAUAAAAGCAACCCAAAACAGACCCCUCCCCAGGAAAAGCAGACACUGUAGAAAACCCCCAUUUUAUUUAAAUAUUCUAAAUAUGUCACAAAGGAACGUACACUGCACUUUGAAUGGUAAAAAGAUACAAGUUUAUAACAUCUUAUAAAAACUACCAUUUAAAAUUUCUUGUCCAUCUGUUACUUCCCUCCCACCCCCCCAUAGCAAAAUAAGUGUAUUAAAAAAAAAGGGGGGGGUGAGAGGGUGAAGGGGAUGAUGAAAAUAAAAGCUCCAAGGCCUGUGUAGGAUGUUGGGAAGAGGGGGCCAGGGAAACUCUAGUCCUGACUCCUAGGCCGAGGGGCAUUAUCAGUAGCUAAACAGCCACCGUGGGCUGGUGAGGGGGUCUCUUCGACCCUGAUGCCAGGGUGGACAAAAAAAGGAAGGGCAAGGGAUGGAGGAGAUAUAGGAAUUUGGGCAAAUGCUACAUUGAAGUAGCAACUCCCCUCUAAACUGGCUCAUCUCCCCUUCCUCCCAGCUGUAGUUAUGCAGCGCAGAGGUGGUGAGGAUUCAGUCCAGGAGUCCUUGCAGUCUUCUGUGGCUUUUCCUGUUAGGUGAGGCUCCUAGGCCUGGGUGGCCAGGGGUGCAGCAUUGCUCCUUCUAUCCAUCCAGCCCUUCCUCUAAAGUCUUAGCACCCACUGCAGCACAGGGGGCCUCAGGCUCCCCCCUCUGGGCCAGUGCUGGCUGUGAGCUGGCCUGGUGUGGUCCCCUAUUACUCAUCGCCUCCCUCCCAUUCCUCGGCUGUUCUGGCAAAAGCUGAAGAAGUGGUCUGACUUGGAACGCGCCGGCAUAUAACCUGUUCACAUGAUUUUCCACUCGUUCCCCCACCCCAUAAAAAAACCCCAAACCCCCAACAAAUAAGCCUUGUGAAGCAUGGGGGUGGGGUGAGAAGCAGCCUUCCCAGUUUUUAAGAGCUGUUUGUGGCUUUUCUUUCUAAAUCUAUCCGUGCUUCUCCUAAGACCCCUCAUUGUUGACAUUUAAGGAAAUCCUAGUCUCUUGCAACCCAGGCUUACUUCCCUGACACCCAGGAGGCCACUGCCAUUCAUUAAGAACCCCUCCUCCCCCCCAGGAUCAUUCACUGCAUGGGGAAGGGGGAACACCUAGAAUUCAGACCAGGGAAGAUAGGUGUGGGUGUGAAGUGAAAGCGGGGAGGAGUUAACAAAGCCUCAGAUCCUGCUGGUGCAAAAUCUGAAAGCCCAGGGUUCCUUCUGGAGUUCUGCCAAAUAGCCAACAUGUGACAAGCAGGAUUCCCUCACUUUCUCUGGCCCCCAUGGCGUCUUAUCAAGGAGUGGCUGCAAGUCUGCUGCCAGACCCUCUCACCAAGGUUAAUGACUAAAUGGAACACAAACUUACACAGGUUGCUCUCUCUCCCAGGCCUGGUCUUAAGUCUAGUCCCACCUCCUACUAGCCUACCCUACUCACAAGACACGGAACUGAUCCAACUGCCCCAGACGGACUAAGAUGGGAGAAGGGGCUACACACUGGGCUGCCCCCCUCCCAAAAGGAUCCCUUACGCCUUUUGCCUUAAGGGAAGGAAUGAUUUCAUUAACAUUUGCCACUGUUCGAGAACCCCUAGCUCUCAGCCUAGGCCAGAAAUACCAGAGCCCUCGGUUUGUUAAAUAACAAAAUCUUCAAUAUAUAAAUCCCCUGAAAUCACUGGGAUGCUAUUCAGUUUCCCAAGAAUCCUUUAGAUUAGGGAGAGAGGAGGUGCUUGGCUCAAUUGGCCAUUACUAUAGAGGCUGAAACAUCCACACAGGUGAUGCACACACAUCUAAUCACUUGUAAUCCAUCAAGCUUUGGGGCAUGGAGCAAGUGGACAUGGGGAUUAGAGUAUUGAUUAAAAUAUAGAGUCUAUACCAGCUCCAUCAGUCAUAAAACCAAUCGGGGUUGUGGAGGGUUAUUAAAGAGGGAAUCAGACCCUCUCCUUUCAUUAUGAGGAAAUAACCCUCUUUAUCUCAAUCCAGUGAUAGGACUUGGGUGGGUAAGUACAGGGGAGAGAUAGCCCCCUCUCAGGAUUGAGAUGAGGACUGGACUCCAGUUUCGUUACUUCUUCAGCAGGUUGUGACCCAACUCAAGUCUUAUCUUGACCCAGAGCAGCUAGCUGAACUCUGAAGUGGGCUCAGUGCUGAUGCACUUUUUGGCACCCAGAACCUCCAACCCAUCCACUUUUAUUUAGACUUCAGUGGCAAUGGGGGAAGGCAAUCAGAGAAUUGGGCUACACAGAAGCCACCCUCGAGAUUUAGGAUCCCCAAAGAGAGGAGGAUGAUUCACAGGCCUCCUUCCAUAGCUUCCUCCAAAAGGCACUUGAGCCAGCCCCAAAAUCAAGUAUUUGUGUCACGCGCACUGCUUUAACACACACGGGCACAACUCUUGUUACUCCACUGGGGGAAAAGGAGAUAUCUGCUCUUGCUUGUGGCCAACUGCCCCUGCCUCCAGGAACCUCUUUCCAUAGCCCAGGGUAAGCUCAGCUGCCGGCUCUGCUCCCCACCUGCCUCGGAGAAGGUGAGGUCCAGGGCAUGUAAAGGUGGAGGCAAAAUGCUAACUGAAUGCCAUCUAUGCGGGAUGACCAGGACAGUCACAGUCCCUGCUUUGCCCUGGGGUAUCAUGCCUUCAGGUUCUCUACAUCCACAGUUCAUGGGGUGAAAUCCCUUUUGGAUUAAGUCUAUAUGCAUAUAUCUACAC